GGAAUCCUCUGAACAUGUGCGUUGAACGUGAAUGGUGAACGCUGAACCCUGAAACUGAAACGCCUGCACCCCAAGAUAUUUUUGCUGCAAUUUUGCUUAACACCUGUGAACGCUGAAAAUCGCGAAAUUGCAAAUCGCUGGAACAGAGCUUCGUGAAUCCCUAAUUUUAUAAAGCUUAAAAAUUUUUUCCCCGAAUUCGGGAGCACCCAUUUUGCACAUGGAUUUUACCGGAGAAAUAGAACAGUUGGACAGCGGAAUGGGAAGCAGUGACAUGAGAUCUCCAGAAGUCAAAGCCAUCCUUCCUGACGAUGACGACGAAUACGAAGAGGACGAGAGUUUGGUUGAGCGCUUGGUAGGAUUGACUGAAAUGUUCCCCAAAGAAGUGCGAAAUUUGAGUUACAAUGUAGGCACAUGUGUUUGCUCUUGCGUAAAAGGAUUGUAUUCAGUGUCGUGUACUCUGACAUGGUUCUUCUUCAGCACGUCUGCAAUUUUAGUCGCACCGGUUCUUUUUGAGGUGGAGCGUGCACAAAUGGAUGAGGCGCAGCGGGCGCAACGGAACCAAGUUUUGUUAGGUCCCAAUGCAGCAAUUUCGAGUGUGGGAGCUUCCGGUCUGCCAAUGGCUCCUCCUGUUCAGCGAUAAAUUAUUUAUUAUCGAGAAAGUCACUCGCUGCUCGACACUAAGCCAGUUUCAAUUCCCCGACUAUUAUCUGUUUAUCGUUUAGUCUGUACAAAUCUUGUAAUUUUUUUUUCUUGAGAGGUAUAAAAUUUCAGGUGCAUUUAAAUCUAUCAGAAAUUCGAAAUCAACGCUGUGCGUACGAUAAAGCAGAUUCUGCAAAAAUCACUUGGAACAAGUACCAAAGGCUACAGAAAAAAUUAGUUUAACUAAUGCUCGCUCGAUUAUUUUUCCCGGCAUUAAAUCGAUCGAUUGAUCGCUCGAAAUCGAUUGAUCGUUUUAUUAAGAAAGUAGGUUUAAAAUCCUCUGCAUUUUGUCGAUUUUCAGUUAACGGUUUUUAAUAGAAGAGGAAAUUGCUACUUAAUAUUUUAAUAAAAUAAAGACAUUUACGUAGAAAAAAAAGAAACUAUUAUACAUAGUUCUUGAUCUCAAUUUCAUUUUUUCACUCUCAUUGUAGAAUUAUUACUUCAAGAUAGAUUCUGCAAACUGACAAAUUAUGUAUCGU